AUGGAGUUGCCAGACUAUCCUAUUUAUUGUCAUUGGGGAGGGGAAAUUUUGCAAAGUAGCGGUGAUGUUACAUAUAAAGGAGGAGAGCGAAAAUUUGGGUUUGUCAAUUGUCAAAUGAGUUAUGAUGAGGUUUUGAGUAAGGUUUAUGAUCUUAUGAGAUGUGACUCGAGAUAUGUGGAGUUGAAGCUACUAAUGAGGUAUCCAAUGAUGUCCGGUUCAUAUGAAGCCAUUCCGUUGGAUGAUGACAAUUCUUUAAAAGCAAUGUUGAUUGCUAUGUCUCAAACACAAUCAACCACAAUGCAAUUGUUCAUCGAGCAACUUCCAAAGCAACCUGAAACUCAAUCCCACUUGGAAUCCUUUCAUGAAAUGGAUUCAUGGGCGAGUCCAUUUCCCUACUUGCCCUUGACAAAUCAAAGUGGGUUAACGGGUUCAUUCACAAGAAUGCUUACGGAUGAACAAUAUGCUAGUGAACACAUUUUAGAGCUCACUUCUCCAACUCAAACACCACAUGUAGAAGCUACAAAUGGUGAUCCAUCUAUGAUACUUUUCGAUUCUCUAGAUCAAAUAUGUGUUGAUUUUUUUGGAGAUGAAGAGGUUGGGGUGGAUAGUGAUGUUGAUGAAGAUGAAGAUACACAAGAUGCUAAUGACAAAGCUAUAAGAGAAAGCGCUCCAUCUCAAAUUUUCAACAAUGUUGCAGAGUUGGAUCCGAUUUUGCUUGAUUCUUGGAGGACUUGGUCCAACAACCACUCUUUCGAUGGUGAAUUUGCUAUUGGGCAAGAGUUUGAUUCUUCGGCGCAAUUGAAAGACAUAGUCAAAGGUUAUUCCAUAGCUAAAAAUCAUUCAUUUAAGGUGUUGGAGAGUGAGCCCACAAAAUACGUAGUUGAGUGUAAAAGAAAGAGUUCAUGCAAAUGCUCAUGGAGGUUACGUGCAAUCAAGGAUCCUUGUCUUGCUUCAUUCAGAAUUGUGAGGUAUAAUGGCCCCCAUGCAAGUAAUUGUUUGGGUGACAUAAACUCAAUCGAUCAUCCUCUUCUCUCCUCUGAUUUUGUAUGCAAUGAGAUAAAAGAUCUUAUUCGUGCCGAUCCUUCUUUGAAAAUCCGUGUUAUUGUGCAAGCGGUGAAAGUUAAGUUUAAGUAUACCAUCACUUACAAGAGAGCUUGGUCAGCGAAACAAAAGGCUAUUGCAAGCAUUUUUGGUGAUUGGGAGCAAUCUUACGAAGAGUUGCCUAGGUACAUGCAAGCAUUGAAAGAAUCUAAUCCAGGAACCGUCGUGGAAUGGUGUACCUUGGCUUCUAAUGAAGAUCCUUCUGUUCACAUUUUUUUUAGAGUGUUUUGGGCAUUCAAGCCUUCCAUCGAUGGUUUUAAGCACUGUCGACCCCUAAUCACCAUAGAUGGAACUCAUUUGUAUGGUAAGUACAAGGGCACGUUACUCAUAGCCAUGGGUACAGAUGCGAAUUCUCAAUUGUUCCCUCUUGCUUUUGCUAUUGUUGAAAGUGAAAAUGGUGAGAGUUGGAAAUGGUUCAUGAAAUGCAUUCGGCAUUUAGUUACUCAGAGGGAAGGUUUAUGUGUCAUUUCUGAUAGACAUGCAGGGAUUUUGCAAACAAUGAAUGAGGUCAAUAGUGGGUGGGAGGAGCCGCGUGCCCACCAUCGAUUUUGUACUCGUCACCUUGCCUCUAAUGUCAACACUCAGUUCAAGAAUGCUUAUGUGAAGAACCUUUUCGGAAAAGCCGCAGAUGCUCGUCAAAGAAAGAAGUUUGAUUACUACUUGGGAAGAAUUGGUGAAUUGAAUGUUGAAGCUCAUAAGUACUUGAUGGAUAUUUCUUCUCAUCGGUGGUCGAUCCACCAUGAUGGUGGUUUUAGAUAUGGCGUGAAAACCACAAACAUGUCCGAAGCUUUUAAUGGGGUGAUGAAAGGUGCUCGUUGUUUGCCGAUAACCGCCCUUGUUCGGAUGACGUUUUACCGAGUGAACUCCUACUUUGUUACAAGACGAGGUUGGGGUAAAAGGAGAAUUGAAGAAGGCCACGAUUUCGUUGAGAAGGCCACAACAACAAUUGAAAUGAACAUGGCAAAAUCUGGUGCUCACGAGGUCCAAGCCUUUGAUCAUGAGAUGGGGCUAUUUGAGGUUACAACUGGACGAGGAGGCAGGGCUUCAGGUAAAGGUGGUAACGUACACACUGUUAACCUUGUAGCCAAAACUUGCACUUGUGAGAAAUUAAAAAUCUACAAGUUGCCAUGCUCCCAUGUGCUUGCGGUUUGUCGUUCUCGCAGCUUAUCUUAUGCUGCUUUCGUUGAUCCUUUCUUUACCACUGUCGAGUAUAGGCAAACAUACUUGAAGAGCUUUCAUCCACUUCCUGAUGUUCCCUAUUGGCCUCAUUAUACUGGGGUGAGAAUAGUUGCUGAUGCUAGUAAACGGCGUGGUGUGGGACGCCCAAAGUCGUCUCGAUACCCUAAUGAGAUGGAUUCGAGUGCUCGACGCAGUGUCAAUGUAAAAUCAUGUAGCAUUUGUCGACGUCAAGGGCAUAAUAAGAAAACUUGUGCAGCUAGGGGUGGUGUUGGAUCAUCGGGGUCUCAUGGAGCCGACGAUCCAUCCCGGCCCACGUGAUACUUCGGUUUUGACGUUGCAGGCGGAGCAUAGGAGUGAGGAUGUUUGGGGAGGGGGUAUGGACAGGCUUUUGACGUGUCGGGAGCACGUGCUUGGUUUAGGAGAGUGGGUGAUACAUGAUCGAGUCUUGGAGUU